UUAUAAACACAUGGCUUUCCGCGGCAUUGUUCAGAUUUGUUAGCCUUUCAUUUAAUCCAUUAUAGUAAAAAUGUGAAUGCUUUUGUAACAAGGCUGUUUUAUUUUGUACCUUUUUCAGAUAAAUUCACGAGAUGUUAUGGAAACACAACGGAACAGUGAUGUUCGAGCUACAGAGAGAGUUUUCAAGAAAGUAGUGUAUCCAGGUCUAGAAACCCUGAGAGUAGUAGACAGGAAUGGAAUCCCUCUAAAUUACCCAGCAUACAAUUCUGUCCAUUCUAAAUCAUUUGUACUCAGUCCACGAGGAGUGCCUAUGAGAAAAUCAAAUCAUGUCUACAGUGGAAGUCAUUCACAUCCAGCCAAACUUACAGACUUGGUUGAUAAUACAUCAUCACCUGACAACUAUUAUGGACCAGAAAAGACCUUCUUAACACAAGGGAGCUACUCUGCAAAAUUACCUAGAAAUAGAAAUGAAAGUCCACUGCAGCAUAAGCAAAGAGCUAAUACCAGCCAGUCAAUGGCACCAAAACACACGUCAAAAAGUAUUUCAUCAGAUCAUUAUUUAACAGGAGAGCCAAAUGAGAGAAGAAUCCUACAAGCAGCCAACAAUAAUUACUUUAACCUGAGUAACCAAGGUCUUAGAUUACAAAGAGAAUGGACUAGUUUAUCAAAUACACGGUCCAUGAGGAGGGCUUCAGAGAUCGUGAACCACAGAGUGGACAGAAUGUAUUUUAUGAAUGGUAAUUCCAUCAAGUUAAAACCAAAGUAUGAUGUUGAUGAAGAAGAACUAAAUAGAAUGAAAGAAGAGGCACACAAACGGGACAGCAGGACUUCCAGUAGAAAUUCAAUGAAAUCUGGACCAAAGAAGAAGGACCCAAUAGAUUUGAAAAAGACCAUUGGAACUGAAUCAGAAGGAGGAACUGGGGAUGUGACGACAAGUAGUGAAGUAAAUUUAAAGAAACCAAAUGGAAGACUUAGUCCAAUAAAUGGAUGGGAAGGCAAGGAAAAAGUUGUAGAAGAAGAAAAUGACUUAUUGCGACAAAACACAUUGCAUGAGGGCAAUGAUGGAGAAAAAACAGAAGAAAUCGUAGUAAAUGGUGAUACAUCUGAAAACAAAGAAGAAGAAAGUGAUGGGUUACAAGGAAUGAGAGCGGAUGGAAGAAUUGACAGUAGUGCCUUAAAUAAUGAUACUGAAAAGGAUGAGGAAGUGAAGGAAAAUGAUGUGACUGUUAAUGGCAAAGAGGAGACAACUCAAGAGGCUGAUGAACAACAAGGGGAAACAAUUGAUGAAAAUGUUGCUCAAGAAAACACAUAAUGAAUUGGAAUUUAAUUAAUAUUUAGAACCCUGUGAUAGAUCUGUUAAUCAUUAUUGCCUAUCUGUGAUAUAUAUGUUGCCAUAGCAUCUGUGAUCAAUUCUUCUGUGAUAAAAUUUAUCAAUUUAAAAGAAAUAAUAUUUACAUAAGAUUUUUUGUUAUUAAAGAGACACAAUUGGAUUAUGAAUCCUCAUUUUUAUCAACACUUUAAAUUAAAGAGACAAUGAGUUUUUUUAAUGGCACCUUAGUUUUACGAGGUCUGCCUACGAUGAUCAUUUAGCUGUUUUGUAUGUUAGUUGAUAGUUAUAACCUCUAAAGUGUAUUUAAACAUGUGCUAAUUUAUGGCAGUACUUGUCAUUAGUUUAGAACUAGCAUUAAUACCGUUAUGCUGUCCAAGAAUAUUCUAUUUUCCUUUUAGAUAAUAUUGCAAAAAAAUUGGUUUUAAUCUACACACAUUUAAACUAAGUGCAUAUUUUUUCAUUGCAUAUUUUUUUCUGUAGCCAUGAAUUUUAUUUGACAAUGAGUUGAAAGAAUAUUUUAUCAAAUGCAUGCACAGUUGUACUGUGAAAAAGUUGAUAGGAAACUAUUUAAUUUAUUUUGUCUUACAUUGAAAAUGAAUAAAACAUUCAUAUAAGAUUUGCCAAAGCUUAAUCAUCCAUGACAUGGCCUUUUAAGAUAUCAUUAAUUAAGACAUUCAGACAUUACAAGGAUAGGAUGGUGAUUCAUAAGUAUUCCUAAUCACUGUACAAAGCAUAAUUAUUUUUUAGAAUCAUGAAGUUCAAUAUUUCAAGACGAUCCGAUAAUUUUUUUAGUUUAAUAAGUUUAUAUCCAAAUAUUUUUGAAAAUUUCAAAUUAAUUUUUGAUUAAGACUAAAGAAUUGAAAUUAAAAGAAUAUACAUGUGAUAUUUAUAAAUUUGCAAUAUAUUCAAGUUAAACAAUGUUUUAUAAUAUUACCACAAAACUCAAAGUAAGUACAAAUUUGGGUAGUGUCCAUUUUACCAUUUUUCAGUUAUGUCCCUUUAUAACUCUAUAUGAUAUGAAAGCAGUGCAUCAUCUGUGUCCCAUGGACACAUUCCCCAUUUACUUUUAAAUAAGAUUGUAAUAUGAAAACUUUUCUAGAUCAAGUAUAAACAUGUACAAGUUUUGUAGUGUCAUGUUGUAUAACAUUAUUUUAUGAUUUUAUAAUACACAAAUAUUGUCAUUGUCUGUAUGAUAUGGUAGUUAAAUGUUCACACAGUGAUAAUGGUGAAAAUCAUCAAAUCUUUGUGUUUUUGGUAUGGAUAAUGUGCAAGUCUGCUUAUAUUGGCAUUUUAGAAGCUAUAUAUUUUCCUGAAGUCUUUUCGUACUCUACUUAGUCUAACAGAACCCCAUAUAUCGAAUUUUUGUUGAAAUCAAACAAAGUUUAAUUUUGGACCCCUACUUGGACCAACUUGAAAACAGGGCCCAUAAUAAAAAAAAACUAAGAACAUGUUUAGAUUCAGCAUAUCAAAGAACCCAAAGAAUUCAAAUUUUGUUAAAAUCAAAUGUAAGUUUAAUUUUGGACCCUUUAGACCUUAAUGUAGACCAAUUUGAAAACGGGACCAAAAAUUAAAAAUCUAAAUACACGGUAAGAUUCCGCAUAUCAAAGAACCCCAAUUAUUCAAUUUUAACUUAGUAUAAUUCUGUAUACUUUAGCAAUUCCAAGAAAUUAAAGAACGUGAUUACAUUAUGUAAGUUUAAGUACCUAAAAAGACUGUAAACUGCAUUGAAAUACAAAAUCGAGGCAUAAUUUUUGUAAAUAUACAAUCUUACCCAGCAGUCUCAAGUGGUAGAUGUUUUAAAAGAAGAUGACAUGAAUAAUGUCAAAAUCUAAACAAAAUUUUGUAAUGCAAGUAUUUUUUUUUGUAUGGAUGGCUUUAUAUUUAAUUAUUUAAAUAUUCAUUGUAUCAUAAACCAUUAUGACAGUAGACAAGUUGUUUUGAAGAAAGUUCUGGCUUCUGUUGUGUCAAACCAUGGGUCAGUUGUCUAGUUAGUGUGAAGAUUAUCACAAGAAUGGACUUGAACAUACAAAAUAAUUUUUUACAUUUUUUUCAAACAUUGGACAAAAUUUUAAUCUUAUACUUUGUAAAAGUUUUACCAAUUACAAAAAAUAAGCAAAGAUAGACACAUGGAGAAUUAAGACAAAUAUCUUUACAUCAUACUUUUAUAUCAAUAAAAUGAUGCAUAAAAAAGCCAACACAAAUUAAUGUCUUGAUCACCAAUCAGAAUAAUUUAAAGUUUUUUUUUGUUUUUUUUAUAUAUGUUAUACAUGUUUAAAAAAAAAAAAGCCAAUGCAGUGUACUGCAAUAUUUAUAAUCAAUAUUUUUGGGCACAUGUGUCAAGCAUUCAGUUUUCCUAUUUCCUAGCACACAAGUUUUGAUGGAUAUGUAGCACAUUAGAAAGAUAGUUUUGAUAGUAGAUAUACAUUCCAUUUAUUUAUUAUAUUAUCAUGUUAUUCAUUUUAAUGUGAAUUAAAUCAUUAUAAAAAUUUA